AUGAUUUGUGAAACCACUCUGAACCAAAUCAUCGCAAACACGAUGUCUUCAGCGGCCAAAGAGUACGAGUCGGCCGUAUUUGGGGGCCGAAAGUGGUUUAUCUGUACCGUCGAUGACGACAAUGGAUGCGAUGCCACGGAGACCACCGAAGAGGCCAUCGUUGAGCACGUGGUCAGAGACCAUAUGCGCCGAUCGGCGACCGCCACCGACACACACGCGUCCACUCAAACAGCGGCCGCCGUAUCGAUGGACGAAGAGUUUGUGGUCACCUAUAAAUCGAUGGACACUACCGGCCGACGAGUGGUCGUGAAGUCGGAGUCCGCGGCGAAGAUCGGCAAUCAUGAGUCGGUGACCAUCGCGUCGGCCGAUAGUAGUCGUAAACGCGGCAAACAAUUGGUGACAAAACACGUGACGACCCCAGCGUUGGCCAAACACGUGGCUAAAGCCACCCGCGAUGACAACAGCGGUGGCGAUGACCACAAGCCGUACCGAUGCGAUCGCUCGGGUUGUGGCCACGCGUUCGCCACAUUCCCCUCACUCCGCACUCACAGCCGUAACCAUCGCUGCGGUUAUAACAUUGAAAGCGCGGCCGAAAUGAACGCCGACUGUUGUGACGCCAAUCUCUACGCGUACCGAAAGGUGGAGCGCAAGUGCGGCAAAACGUGGUACAAAUGCGCGUUCGGCCGCUGCCCCUACAAAGCGGCCACCAAUUGGGUGCUCAGGGAUCACAUUCACGGCCAACACGUCUGUCCCUAUCGUUAUAAUCUGAUGAAUAAGUGGGGCAAAGGUCGCGGCCGACCGGCAACUGCCCGCAUGUCGACCGCCGGUCGUCUGGAUGUCGAGUGGAAAGUGUCGCCAUUUCUCUUCGGAAGUGAUGCCAAUUGGGAAACAGCGACAGACAGUGAUGUCUUUGAGGACGCGGUUGAGUUGGAGCCCAAAUCGGCGCCAGUAUUCACGCAAUUGAUGUCUGCGAAGAAGCGGCGAAUUACUGGCCAAACGGACGGACCGGCGGUCAACAGAGCCUCUGCGCCGACGGCUGACCACCGAUCGAGCGGACCGUUUGGCGCGAAUGGCGACAUGAUUUUCAAGAGGCCGUUGUCUCGACCGGCGGUGAAGAGAAACGCCGACCAAAUCAGUUCCCAGUCCGGCAUUGAUAGCGAAACUACUACUACUGAUCGGCCAUCUAAGCGGUUCCGACCGCUGCUUAACCCUCAAGCCAUGGCCACCACUUCCAGCGCCACUCCGAUUGGACUCGCAGUGACCGGCGAUGUCUCGGCCGGCAAUUGUGGGCCACGAAAACCGUACACACGUUUGGUGUGGGACUCGAUUCACGUGCCAAACGGUGGCCGAGCGUCGCCCGCG